AUCGAUUCGUUUUUUUUUCACCGAUUCGUAAUUUUCAACACGGAACCGGUUCCGGGUUUUCCAUUGGUUCUAAUCGGCAGAGGCGCGCCUUUUUUUCAAAAUCCCGGAAAGCGUCGAUGCCGACGUACACACACCGGUCACGACCAGGCGAGAGGCCCGAGGCAUACCACAGCAGACGCGAUAAACCCACACCAUGAACAACAACGCCGUAGCAGCGGCAGGCCGGCCAUCUAGAGCGAAAUCGUUGCCUCUGAGACUGCAGGAUGCUGGUGAAAGUGGUGCUGCUGCUGGGCAUGGGGUCGCCCAGACCGCGCCUGCUGGCGCGGCACAGCGGGCACCGAGCGGCAUGGCCCGCCAGGCCGUUCACAGCAGGGUUACCCCCCUUACUGGUACACAACAGGGUAUUCCACCUGGCGCGGUGAUGAUGCCGGGCUUCUCGGACGACGCUGAUCGGCAAGCUCGUCAGGCGGCCUUAGUAAAGGUUCUCAACGACAAGCGAUUUGGCGACGCCCCACAAAAAAAAUGGACCGAGUCGGAGAGCGGCGGCGACGACGACGAGGGGGGGGGCAGCCCGACGUCAAGUGGCGGCAGCAAUGUUUCGUUAGAGGACAGUUCAGCUCCGUCGGACAUUGGCUCACAGUCGGGAGAUGUCGUGUUCGAAAAGGAAAUUCGGGAAGCAAUGACCGGGGGAGGGGGAGCGGGCACGAGGACCACAAACCACGGCAAGCGAAAGGCGAGCGCCGGCGGCAGCGUCGUAGGGAAGAACAAAGCAGCAGCAUCCCAUCACGCGAGUGCCAAAAAAGACCGGGGCAAGGACUACCCACACUGGGCCACACACUUUCUGAAGCGGACAUGCGGGCACCGCAAGAUCCCGAGGAUGUCGCAGAAGAGCAAGGGUGUCCUGGUGGCGGCCCUGCGAUCUCUCGACGCCAACAUGAAACGGCCAUCUCCGUACUUCGACGACCUCGAUGCUAUCGCAGCCGGCAAAUCUGGACGCGGCAGCGAGCAGGAGGAGGGGGAGGAGGGAGUCAUCCCGGCGAAAGCGCUGCUUAUGUUUCGAGGCGUUAUCAACAUGGUCGCCCUAGCACGUGACAGAACUGAACCGUUUACAGUCGAGGGUAUGGACUACAGUGUGACGGACCUUUACGACGCCAUGGAGAAGGAAAACACACCGGAACUGGAGGAUUCUGCCGGCGGGAGUUCGUCGACGGGUGGUGCAGCCGGACCGGACGGGGGUGGUUCCGCCGGAGGAAGUGGCAGCAUCACGGAGCGCAAGGGCCCACACUGCAUGAUGCGGCUCGUUGGGAUCCUGUGCGAAGACUCCAUCCGCCCACUUGUCAUCAACAGCCGCUUGCAGGCGACCCGGCAGGAGCUGGACACCUCAGCAGUUGGGCCGCGGAAACACUUGUGGACAGAGGUCACCGACCGCUUCCGAGACCCUCGCCACCAUGUGAGAAAAAUCGUGGACGACGAACAAGUGAGUCACGUCAACCCGAACAUCAUCCAGCAACCGAACAUCUCGGCGGAAAAGAUUACCAAGAUGUGGUCUGCGGCAAAGGCGAAAUGGAACACGCCUAAUGCCAACUGGAAGAGUGAAUCCGGCAACAACCAGCCAUGGCUUUCAUUCGCCCAAGGGGACACGGACACGUACAUUCUCGGUUGCGCAAUCGAGAAAUACCCCGAGCUUGACCAAGUGUGCAACAAUCCCCUCCCGGUGGACGCUCAGCGAGAGGACGACGGGACCGGAGAGGGCGAUGGCUGUACAGGCGGUGCCGAGCGCCGGGCGUCCGCCAAGCGGGAGGGCGCGAGGCUCGACGAGCAGAACAGGCGGGGGACGAAGCAGAAAAAGAAGGGGGGGGGGCAGAGCGUGGCAGAGGCUACGUCCGUUGCCAUGAAAACCGCACUCUUAGAUAUUGAGCCGCUCCUGUCGCGUGGCGGAUCGGAGAAAUCUGAGUGGCGACUGAAACAAGAGGAAGAGGAAAGCAAGUCUGCUGCCCUCGAUACCAACGCUGUUGAAUACGCUCUGCAGAAAGCAAUGUGCGCCGACCACCAGUAA